CCCCUCCAAGUCUCGCGUUGCUUGCCGAGCGGUGGCGUUGUUCUGGCGACGACGAGACUGUCUGGAUAUCUGUCUCGUGGGUACAUCUAAACGUAAUAUUCCUAAUAGCCGUUUUCCGUUCGUUUAACACGCUAAUUGUCGGACAGUUUCGUUCGCGCUGCUGUUAUUUCCCCGAAAUAGCUCGAAUAAUGGCUGCCGCUGAGGUGAACGGUAGUUCUGCCCCGGCAAAGGAGGAAGAGGAGCCCAUGGAUGUGUCAACAACGCACACAGAGAACUACCAGACGCUCAUCGAUGCCGGACUGCCUCAGAAAGUUGCUGAAAGUUUGGAUAAUAUCUUCCAGACAGGCCUGGUUGCAUAUGCUGACCUGGACGAGAGGGCUAUUGAUGCUCUGCGGGAGUUUAAUGAGGAAGGAGCGCUCACUGUGCUGCAGCAGUUCAAAGAGAGUGACCUGUCCCAUGUGCAGAACAAAAGUGCUUUCCUGUGUGGAGUAAUGAAGACUUACAGACAGAGGGAAAAGCAAGGAAGUAAAGUACAGGAGUCUACCAAAGGUCCAGAUGAGACAAAAAUAAAGGCUCUGUUGGAUCGGACAGGAUAUACCCUGGAUGUCACCACAGGGCAGAGGAAAUAUGGAGGUCCCCCACCUGAGGAAGUGUUCAAAGGCACACAGCCUGGGAUUGGAACUGAGGUGUUUGUGGGAAAGAUUCCCAGGGACCUCUAUGAGGAUGAGCUGGUGCCUCUCUUUGAGACAGCUGGUCCGAUCUGGGACCUCAGGCUAAUGAUGGACCCUCUCUCUGGUCAGAAUAGAGGGUAUGCCUUCAUCACUUACUGCAACAAGGAGGAUGCACAGGAGGCUGUAAAGCUUUGUGAUAACUAUGAAAUCCGGUCUGGGAAGUACUUGGGAGUGUGUAUAUCUGUUGCAAACAAUCGCCUGUUUGUUGGAUCAAUUCCAAAGAACAAGACAAGAGAAAGUAUACUGGAAGACUUUGGAAAAGUUACAGAGGGGCUGCAGGAAGUGAUCUUGUACCACCAGCCAGAUGACAAGAAGAAGAACCGCGGCUUCUGUUUCCUGGAGUAUGAGGACCACAAGUCUGCAGCACAGGCCCGCCGCCGCCUCAUGAGUGGCAAGGUGAAGGUCUGGGGGAACCCAGUCACCGUAGAGUGGGCUGACCCGGUCGCUGAGCCAGACCCGGAGGUCAUGGCCAAGGUUAAGGUGCUCUUUGUAAGGAAACUGGCCACGCCAGUGACUGAGGAGCUCCUUGAGAAGACCUUCUCACAGUUUGGAAAGCUGGAGCGAGUUAAAAAACUCAAAGACUAUGCCUUUGUCCAUUUUGAGGAAAGGGAUGCUGCUGUGAAGGCUAUGGAAGAAAUGAACGGAAAGGAGCUUGGGGGAGAGGAGAUUGAGAUCGUCUUGGCAAAACCCCCAGACAAGAAGAGGAAAGAACGCCAGGCAGCUCGGCAGACUACCAGGAAUACAGGGUAUGACGACUACUACUACUACCCACCUCCACGUAUGCCCCCACCAGGCCGGGGGAGAGGCCGUGGUGGCCGAGGAGGCUAUUCCUAUCCACCAGAUUACUAUGGAUAUGAAGACUACUAUGAUGACUACUACGGAUACGACUAUCACGACUACCGUGGUGGCUAUGAAGACCCCUACUACGGCUACGAAGACAUGUACAGCAUGAGGGGCCGUGGUGCUCGUCCCAGCAGGGGGGGGCCUCCUCCACCGAGGGCCCGCGGAGCACCACCAGCACGAGGCAGGGGGGGCUAUGCACAGAGGGGGCCACCCCUUGGCGGUCCAAGGGGCGGCCGAGGAGGACGGGGAGCUCCCUUCCAGCCACAGAGGGGCCGCGGUCCUCGUGGUGCCAGGGGGAAUCGCGGGGGCAACGUCGGCGGGAAGAGGAAGGCGGACGUGUUUAACCAGCCUGAUUCCAAGCGCCGCCAGACCAACAAUCAGCAGAACUGGGGGUCCCAGCCCAUCGCCCAGCAGCCCCUGCAGCAAGGGGCCGACUAUUCCGGUGGAGAAGCAUUGAGAGCGGCACCGCUAGAGUGAGGAACUCACCUGAACGGUACUCAAGGGUUGGAUUACACGACCAAAAGGUAUACAGUCAAGGAUUUGGUAAGAGCUGUCAAGCCAAAACCCUGCAAACACCUGUUUUCUUGUGUUAGCCCACUGCACCAAAAUCAUGUCAGCUGUCUCCAUGCCACAUUCCAGGAGAGGGGGUUUGGUUGGGCGGACAUUUCCCCUCUUACACCACUAGGGGUAGCAAUAUUGUACAAGCACAAGUAGUGGUCCUUUGUUCUGCCAUUAUUUUACAUCGUAUUUAUUGGUCAUUUCCCGAGUUGAAAAGGUCGUGUCUGGAUGGAUUGUAAUUAUAGAAAAUGAUUUUUUCAAAAUUAUUCAAAUUGCAGUGGGUUUACUGAAUUAAAUGAUGCCAAAAUAGGCAGAUGUUGGAACAAUGGAUGUGCCUCGAAACUGAUGUUUGUACUCUUUAUGACCACAUGAUGGCAGCAGGGGGCUUACCAUAAGGCUUAUUUAUUUUGGUUUCCAGAGGUAAGGCACUGAUGUAGGGACUCUUGUGUUACUGCUGAGAGCCGAGUCUAUAAAAGUAAACACGUAUUGAAGAUUUUUCUUUCUUUAAAAUGCCAUUACAGACCUCGAAGUCUUUCAAUAGUUUCUCAAUUAGACCUGUUUCUUUAUAUGUUGCCUCUUGUCACCAGGCAGUAAAGGAGCUGCCCUCUAUCCAUGUGAAUGAAACAAAGAAUUCACACGAAUGGAAUGGACUUAUUGUUCUGAGUCAGGAGACUAUUCUCCACAAGAUGCAAGCCUGAGCCAUCGCAGGGUUUGACAUCCCUCAGAACGAUCUGCUCACAGGCCUGCACAGCACUGAGCGGUUCUCAUGGUGCAGUAGCUGGCAGCCUUGUUUGUAAAUCAAAGCAUAAGCUGCAGAGGCAGUAGGAGAAUGCAGUCCUGUUGGUUCAGCAGCAGGCUGUUGUCCUGAGAGACAUGACCCUGAGGCUGCAGGCUGUCAAAGAGGCCAGGAGCUGCAUCGAUCCGUGCUUUAACCAGCUGUACUGGUACCACGAUACAACAGGACAACUUUGUGAAUGCUGGGCACUGAAGAAUUACCGUUGCUUUGCAUUGCUGAAUACAUCUUAUUUGUCAAAGUAAA